AUGUCUGACGAAGCCGCAAGAACGGUGAGGGUUCCUAAUCCCUGUAGAGUUAGCGUCGGUGCGUCCGUCGACGACGGCGCUCUUAGAUCAGUGGACUGGUUGACUCAUCCUCUCAUUAUCAUGAUGUUCAGGCGUUUAUGGAGAUCCAGGGUCGCAUGAUAGAGACCACGGGGAAGCUGAAGCAGGUCCCUCGUUCAUCUGUUUUUUUUUUUCUUUCUAUCACAAAUGAACCGUCGAAUUGGGCUCUUGAUGAUCUGAUGUCACGUAAUAUGCCUUACCAAGUUUUCCUGCACUUCUUUUCCCGCGAGUAGUAUUCACGGUUCGGUGAGUAGUUGGCAAUCAGCUGCACAUGAUUAUUUGUUUUGGUUUUCUUCAAUAAUGACUCCCUUUCGACAUCGCAUGAUAAAUGGAGGGAUUCACGUAACAGCCGUUGGAUGAACGUCCAACAGGAAUUUGGUUAGCUUUUCUGGAACAUAGGUGUCUUCAUCAGCGUUCAGUUGAUCGAUGACGGUUCGCAUUGUGCAUGUCAUAGCUUAUUUAAAUCAAUGGGUUCCUGGAUAUUAAGCGCCCUUGGAACAGAUCUGUGAUUCACUAUACGGAUCUUCGCGUACCAAUGUCCAUUAAUCUAUUUUUUUAAAAAAAAUAAUGUAUUAAGAAUCACUCAUAUUCCAUUGAAGUCACGAAACUUAAAACGAGAUCAGAGUAAGUAUCUCAGCGCAUUUUUUGAAAUGGAGAAAAUAGAGUAGGAAGAAGAAAGUUUAAAACGAAAACGGUUGGCCACAAGGCAAGAUCAUUUCCCCAAACCAAGUACCUAUGAUUUAACUUUUUUAAUAAAAUUUGAAGUGAAUGUUAGAAACUUGACUCGUUCACUGAUCUCAGUGCAUUGAGAUUGGGGGAAACAUUGAUGCAAGGAUUUUGUUUUGCAUCCAUCAUGCUUGUAUUUGAACCAACUUCAAGAUUAUGUUUCUGCAGAUGGAUGGGAUCUUGAUGACGGGGGUUUAUAACUCUUGUGAAGCCGUGGUUGGUCAUGCUGUUGUAACAAAGUUCGAGCUGAUUCUUUUCAUGAUUUUUUCCCGUUCUGAAAGACAUUACUUAAACCUUAUUGAAUAUUUCUACACUCGGGCAAGUUCGCGUGCGCUCUUUUAUGGUGUGAUUUUUUGUUGUAUCGGUUACCGUUUAUUCAUAAUAUAAAAUCGAAAUGAGCUUCUGAAAUGGAUUUAUAUCCUUUCAGAUCGAGGUUUGAAUACCAUUUUUCAAUUUCAAAAAAGAAGACAUGUUUUUUUGCUAACAGAAAAGAAAGAGCUUUAUGAUGCAUAUAUUCAUUGAGCAAUUUAUCAAUUGGUGUUUGUGCGAGCACUUUUCUAUGGUAUUUCUUUUAACGUGGGGUGGGGGGAGAGGGGGGAAGAGGCGGGCUGUGUUGUUGGACGACUUGGAAAUGCAGUCAUCGAUUCCUGCCUUGAGAUUGCUGGAAAAGGAUGGUCUUCUUCGUGUUUCUUGUAGCAUUUUUAGUGAACCAGUCAGAUUUGACUGUCUAUAGACAGAACUAAUGGCUCCUGAUUGAACUAGACCUAGAACGUGAAUUGAUUAGGACAUGAUUGGUUCCAGAAUCUUGCCAUUAGUCCUUGCCUGAUAGCUUGGAUAUCGAUUCGUGGAAUUAUCAGUUGUUACAAAACAAAAAAAGCUAUUUCGUGAGUAGAAGUUGUAAUAAUUUUAAUGGACAUAUCUUAAAGUUACUGUGGGGGAUCAAAGACUGGUGAGCAUUAACAUUUUUCUUUAAAAAAUGUGACAAGCUUAAGGAAACUAACAGGCUGAUUUAAUUGCAAAACGAAUAACAUAAGUUAUGCCUGUAAGAUAUGUACUGCUCUGUCCUCUAUAAAUCUGUCUUCUUUAUUAUAUUCCCGAUGGCCUUUGCUGCAGAGUCAUUCUGCCUUGUUUAAGAGUUGGAAGUUGGAAAAUCCUUCAUUGAUUCUAUGUUUUUGCUUAUCUCUGCGGCUCAAAGAUUGUUACCUGUGGGAAGAUAUGGGGAAAGCUACCCAUUAAGACUGGAACUUUUUAAGCGUCAUUCUUAAAAGAAUAUUCUUUGGGUUCUUCCAUGAAAGGAAUGAUCUUCAGUUAUAUUUCAGACAAGAAUGAAAAUUUCCUCUCAUUUGUAGAUUUUUCUUGGUUCUUAGGGGAGGCUAAGAUUUCCUUUCGAGCAAUGCCAUUUAUGAGGAGCUCGCAAUUGAAGUUUCCAGGACUAGAAUAUAGUUUAUUAGUUUCCGGAAAGUAUAUUUUGAAGGAAUCCAGAACAUCCGCCUAACCCAAAACCUGAGUUCAUCUGAGGGGAUGUGUUGGUCUCCAUACACUCCGUCCUCACUUUUCUUUCCAAAUGUUGGACGAUACUCAGAAGUCUUCACAUGGACAACAUUUUGGUGUGGAUUCUGCUAAGCAUGAAGGACACCGGAGUCCGAAUCCAUGAAGGGGAUUGACGACGAUUGCAGCAGCUAAACCUGCUUUCCAUUAUUUUGGUCCUUACACCAUGUCUAAGUUAGAGGAGAACCACCAACGAGACUUGGGAGAAGAGCUAUUCCAACAUGAACCGACAUAAAUAUCUCAACUGGGUUUUAGGUAUUCUAAGGUUAUAGAUAAAGUUUAACCUUCUGAAAUCAAAUGCCAGUACAGGCCAUUUAUUGAUUGGCCCUGUUAGAUGGCCUUGUGUGCAUUUAUUCUCUGUAGCCACAGCAUCUGAUGUUCCCUUUUCCUAAUGGUUAUAAAGUGUGUCCACAAGUAUGUAAUUCCUGCUUUCUGGCCUGCUCACAGUGGCUAUUUUACUCUAUUGCUGCUUGUUUGACAUUGUGCAGCUGGUCAUAAUUGCUCUCAGGUACAGAGUCAGAUUAGAGCCAAAGAGGGGGAGAAGAAGCGAGCCUACCUGACCCUGGAGGAGCUGCAGGGCCUACCGGAAGAUACAAACACCUAUAAAUCUAUUGGUGCGUGAGGAAGAUCAUCACGAAUCUCGUAAAACUUAGUGGUAUCAGUCGAUGCUAAUCUGUAGAAUAGAUGACGAGAAAAGCAAUUAUUGUAAAUAACUCCCCACCAAUGAUGCUUUCAGUUUGCCCUGUUGACUUGUUUGAAACCAAUGUUUCUCAUUUUCUGGCUUGCCCAUCUGAAAUUGUGUUCGGUGAUUUGCAGGCAGAGUGUGAGUGUCUUCUCAAGAACCCCCCAUUCCCCGCGGGGAUCCUCUUCGAGUUCCAGCCAAGAUAAUGCUCCUCUAUUUUAUUCUUCACGUCUUUUGUUCUUGAUCCCGGCAGGUUUGUGCUCGAACCCAAGUCGUUGCUGGCAAGUGAGCAGGACGAGAAGCUGAAGGAUAGUGAAAAUGCGUUGACCGCAUUGCAGGUAAACUCGUUGCGCUUUGCUUGUUUUUCAGUUGACUUAUCCCCGAGAUGACCGGGGUCUCCUUUUUCCUCAGACAUCGAAGGAGUACUUGGAAAAGCAGCUGGGGGAGGUGGAGAAUAGCUUGAGGGAGUUGCUACAGCAAGAUCCUGGUCUUGCCCGGCAGAUCAUGUCGAUGUCGGUCAUGUGA